AUAAAAAAAUCCAUGGUUUUGGAGAAAAAAAGCACACUCGUAAAAGCUGCACCAGUCCAUCGUCAAUGGCUGCUCCCCUCCUCCUCCGAAGUCUGCCUCUCCUCCACCGCCGACUCAUCCAACCCCACCUCCGUCUUUGCCUUAUAAAUGGCUCAGUAAUAUCUCUUCGAACCUUCUGCAACUCGGCGGUCUCAACCACCGAUUCAACUGGCUCCGACGGCGAUAAAACACCAUCACUUAGCCAGCUAUUUCUCACCAAAUCCGUGAAAAACCCGCUCCAUUACCCAGGAUGCGACGACCCGGAUUUUCAGAAAUGGAAGGUCAAGGAAGCUGAGAUACUCGGGGAUAUUGAACCCACUAUUUGCCUCGUGAAAGAAAUACUCCACUCUAAUAGAUAUAUGGAUGGAGAACGUCUUACACCGGAUGAUGAGAAAGUUGUUGUUGAUAAGCUUCUCGCGCAUCAUCCUCAUUCCGAGGAUAAGAUUGGUUGUGGACUUGAUUCGAUUAUGGUUGACCGGCACCCUCAUUUCAGUCAUUCGAGAUGUCUCUUUGUCGUCCGAACAGAUGGUGAAGAGAUCGACUUCUCUUACCAGAAGUGUUUACGAGCAUACAUCUCGGAAAAAUACCCUUCUUAUGCUCAUAGAUUCAUAAAACUACACUUCAAACGUGGCAGUGACUGAAUUUCUUAUGUCUGCUUUAUGUAUUUUGAAUUUAUUAGUUUAUCCAAGACUAUGUUCUCUAGAUCUGCUGAUGCCAAGAAUCUGUUAGAUUUUAGCUAGAGGCUUCUUAGUUGGACCCAUAAUAUGACAUUUAUGGUAUCUGAUAUCUCAUACACACAGCCAAGUAUGUGAACAAGUUAUUAUUAAUUUUUUUCCUUUUUAAUAUUUGUAUUCUAAUUUUAAGCAGCUUACUUGCGCUAGAUGAUUUUAUUUUAUUUUAAAUGCAAUUUCACUGUAAUCAGAACACAGUCAAUGCCUAGUAUUAC